CCCCCCCCCCCCUCAAUUGUGGUCGGUGGGGAUUUUAGGUGGCAGGUGGGUCAAAUACAAACUGCACUCGCAGUGUCCUGCACAGAUCCGAGGAGGGAAGACGUUCAGCGAGAAGCCUGAAACAUAACGGAGGAUGGCCUGGCUCAAGUUCGCGCUGGUUCUCUCCAUCGGUCUCCCAGUCCACGCUCUGACCCCAGCCCUGAAGGCAGAGGGUCCGCAAAGCGCUCCUGGUGCCGUGAGUGUCGUGAGUGAUGAUUCCUCGUUUUUGGUAACAAAAACGGGAGACGUCUGCCAGGACUGCACCAAAAUCUUUGAACUCCUGGCUGACCUUCUUUCCAAUGCAGACCUGCAGAAAAAGAUCAUGGACGCCAUCGAAAGUCUGUGCGACCGCCUGCCCAGUCCCAGUGCCGCCAAACUCUGCAAAACAGAGGUGGAGAAGAUGCUCCCGCUGGCCAUCAACUUCCUCACUGCUGUUGUGAAACCGGCGGAGGUCUGCAGAACCCUCGGGCUCUGUGGCUCCUGCCACGAACAGGAGAAGAUGCUGGGCUACUUCGCCGAGGAGGCACUUCAGGCUGCCGUGGCAAGUGAACAUGGGCAGCCCACAAAACCGUGCUCCUUUUGCAUUUUUCUCGUCAAGACUCUGGAGGACCUGCUGCCUAAAGAAAGGACGGAGGCUGCUGUGAUCAAGCUGCUGGGCGAGAUCUGUCACAUUUUGCCGCCCACCUACCGCGAUCAGUGCGAGGCCGUCGUCGGCAAGUUCGGCAAGACGGUGCUGGACGCGAUCCUGAGCUACGCCACGCCUCAGACCAUCUGCGCUCUCGUCCACCUGUGCAACGGGCAAGAGGCCGCUCCCAUGGACCCGUGCACUUUGACAAGCUUCCGGUGCAGAGACAUGAGGACUGCCCUCAGAUGUGGAACCGUGUUCUACUGUCAGAAAUUUGCCUGGAAGUCCCUCGACUACAACACGCUCUGAGAUGUUAAGGAUGGGCCUGAAAUUUGAGUCAACGUCGGUGACCCCAUGGAUGACCCCGAGCUUUCAAGAUCAAACUGCAAAUAUUUAUGUAACUGCUCCACACCUAUGGCUCACUGAUAGCACUUCUUUCAGAUACUGAUUUGACAUCUUACUGCAUUUUUUGUGAUUUCGUGUUGUAUACACUCAGUGCACUAAAGAAUUAUCUGAACUUCAGUGAUAAGGAAUUUUGCAAACUUAACGGGAUCAGAGAGUUAAAAGCUUAAAUUUUCACAAUUAUUCUGUAUACUUGGCACACAUUUUCUAUUUUUGAUUAAGAUUUUUCGAUACAUUUUUGUAGCAACUAACCUUUAUUCAGUAAAUAAAGUUUCUUGACUUCAUCGGCCUUAAUGAAGUGUUUUUUUGGGACCUUUCAGACAUAGAUGUUGUCAGGAGAAUGAUCUGAAUACAUUUUGUCAAAUGAGUGGUGUAUCAGAUGGGCUGUGAAAACGUCCCUAGAACUGACUGCUCUUUUGUCAAUAAAGAAGCACUUCAACAAUUUUCAGAUUCAUCCAUGCGAGUCUGUCAUAGGCCUGCAUGUCAAUAUUCUUUUACAUCAGCACUAUGUAUUCACAGAUAUAAAUCCCAAACCUGAUAACUAAAAUCCAACUCCAAUGGUUAUGGCUACUGAAUAUGACCUUUGGCAUUUAAGGUUUCAAAGUGAAUGGAAGGAAAUGUGUUUAUGAAACAAAAAGCCAACUACUGAGAAGUGAGAACCAGAAUAGAAUCUACUCUCGUGGGUUUGUGUCAAUGAACUUCUGCCUGCUUCAUCUUUACAGUUCUUUUUAUAGUGAGACCUACAUCUGCCUUCAUGUUUUACCAUUUCAAUGUUCAGCUACGACAUUGUGUCACUGGUUGUUGCAACAUCGUCCACAUACAAAUGAUCAUUUCAACUAAUUAUGAAGGGUCAUGACAUAUGAGCUAAGG